AUGGUGGUAUGCACCUUCUUCCAGCAAGGUCGCUGUAAAUUCGGAGCGGGUUGCAAGUUUGAACAUCCUGGUCGAGGAACAGGUGCAUCGGGGAAUCGAUUCGGUGCUUUAGCCGGAGGGUUUGGAGGUGAGUCUUCAACUUUCUUUGGAGUGACUGCAGAAAACAUCAGAGAUGACCUGAUUGUGGCAAAAAAUCGUCCGCAAUGGAUCUUCUCUGCAUACGCACCCUCAAAGGAAGUCCCGCGUCUCCUGUUCGGUGGUCCGCACCGCGAACGAAGCGCAGAAGAAAUGCGACUGCGCCACUAUGAAUUGGCUGCCGCCGGUAAUCUCAACGAGGCGGUGCAAGAAGCUUCGAUGCUCUGGGAGGAGUGUGUGAAGCAGACAGAUGCCGCCUACAAUGACCCGCAUGCCGCUGCCAAAUAUGUCAUCGACGGUCAAAACGAGCAUCCCAAUAUAUUCGACAUUAUUGAGGGCAGAACGGAUGCUAUUUCUAACCAAGGCCCAACGCCCUUCGGUCAACCAUCUGCACCUGCUCAGCCUUCUCCAUUUGGCCAGCCAAACAUGAACGCUGCAUCCAAUGCGGGCCCUGCACCUGGAGGUUUCGGCGCUCCUUCCUCAACAUUUGGCCAGACCACAGCAAUUGGCCAACCUUCUGGAUUUGGCAAGGCUUCAGCACCAGCACAAGCAACUGCGUUUGGCCAACCAUCUGGAUUUGGGCAACCAUCCUCCUUGGGUGGCACCGGCUUUGGUCAACCCUCCACCCUAGGCGCGCAAAAUUCCCUUAACAACGCACCAUUUGGCCAGUCAGCUGCGAGUGCGAACCCAUUCGGUAAGCCUUCAGGACUAGGAGGAGCUUCUCCAUUCGGUGCGCCAUCUGCUGCCUCUCCUUUCGCCCAAAUUUCCCAGAACCAACCUGCACCAACCGGACCAUCGCCGUUUGGUCAGAAUCCUGCACAGACUGCCCCCUCACCAUUUGGAAAGAACCCCGCGCAACAACCAGCAUUCGGCACGCCAUCCGCUCCUGGUGGGUUCGGACAGCCAUCACAAGUCCAACCCCCUCAGCCCUCACCAUUCCAACCCGCCAACAGCAAUCCAUUCGGGGCCCCUACUCAACAGCCUCCAGCUCCAUCUCCUUUCGGGGCCCCUUCACAGCAAUCAACCGCUCCCUCACCAUUUGGACAGCCUCAGCCUCCUGUGACUCAAGGCGUACUGGUACAAACUGCCAACGCUGGACCAAAUGCAUUCAUGAAGACCGAUGUUCCCAACGAGCUCAACCCACUCCCGCAACUACAGGGCGAAACCCGUCAUGAUCCUCAAACCAAGAGACUGACAACUUGGAAAGGUCGCCCCGUCAACUAUAUCAAUGAACACCCAUGCUAUCUCCACCCACAAGACAACAAAACCUUUGUCAGAAUCAAUUUCCCCAAUGGCCCUCCUGAACCAGCCAGCCUCAGAGACUCUCAGGGCAAGCUGGAGGAAUACACCCCGGAAGUGGUCGAAGCGUAUCAAUUCUUCCUCCAGAAUGGCCACUUUAAGGAUGGCAAAAUACCCGCAGUACCUCCCCAGCGAGAGUGGAUCAGUUUUGACUUUUAA